CCCCACCUGCCUAACAAGGUCACGACUGUGGGGAGGGGAAGGAAAGGACUAUGCGGAGCUGCAUGGGACAACUUUUCCUCAGUGCCUGCGGGUAGAUCCUGAAAACCCCUGGGAGAAACAUGAAGAUAGGAGCCCAUGAUAGCACGGAGAACAUCACCUUUGUCACACAGUUCAUCUUGGUGGGACUUUCCAACAACCGCAAGACUCAGAUUGUGCUGUUUGCAGUCUUCCUCCUCAUCUACUUGCUUACCAUCAUGGGGAACCUGGUGAUCAUCAUGUUGAUUCAGGUGGACUCCCACCUCCAGACCCCCAUGUACUACUUCUUAACACACCUUUCCAGCCUGGAAAUCUGCUAUGUCAGUAGUACAAUGCCUCAAAUGCUAGCUCACCUGCUGGCUGGCAAUGGAGCCAUCUCCUUCACCCGUUGCGCCGUACAAAUGUACAUUUCAUUAUCCCUAGGUAGCACCGAAGGUCUUCUGCUGGGUGCCAUGGCCUACGACCGGUACUUGGCCAUCUGCCACCCUUUGCUUUAUAUCAGUGUCAUGGGCAGGUGGUGCCAACUGCAGCUGGCUUCAGGUGCUUGGGCAGGUGGCUUCCUACUCUCCAUAUUGAAUGCGGGCUGCACCCUUCGCCUACCUUUCUGUGGCCCCAACCGUGUCAACCAUUUCUUCUGUGAGCUGCCGUUCAUUCUGAAACUGGCAUGCGCUGACACCCGGAUGACAGAGACGGUCAUAUUUGGGGCAGCGGUUGUGAUCCUCCUGGUUCCCCUUUCAGUCAUCCUGAUGUCCUACAGCCUCAUUCUGUCCUCUGUUUUGCAAAUGCCGUCAGCGUCCGGACGGCGCAAAGCUUUCUCCACUUGUGCUUCUCACUUGGCUGUGGUCGUCUUGUUCUACGGCACGCUCAUCUCAAUGUACAUGAGACCUCGGUCGGGCACAGCUACUGACGUUGACAAGAGAACUGCAAUCUUUUAUGUUUUGGUCACCCCUCUACUCAACCCCUUCAUUUACACCCUGCGGAACAAGGACGUCCAUAAUGCAGUGGCUAAAGUGUUCCAAAGAUGGGUCUUCAAAACGAAGUUACAACAUUAA